GCUUAGUACACAAGUUGGUUGCAAUCCGCAACAAUGCUCUGUGAAAUGUUGCCUCCCAUAGAGGUUUCUAUCACUCGAAUCAGUCCUCAUCAAUGGAUCCUGGGCUCCUCGAUGAUCUGCGAAAGGAUCAAGAAUCCAGAGCCCAAACCAGAGAACGCAAUAAUUGACUGGCAAGAUGGCAGCAACAACUUCUAUCUUUGAAAGAGGACUGCAAACGAUUUGUCAGGAGGUAACGCUGAAAUUGACAGGAUUCACGUCGGAGGGACUUCAGCAACUGUUUGGUGCCUCGGAGAGAAUGCGUUCUGCAAGGUACAUGCCUGGUGCGAAGGGCGAGAGCUAGAAGCCAAUACUAUUCGAUUCGUGGGGGAAAAGGCCUCAGAAGUUCCCAUCCCAGAGGUUGUCUACUCGUGGAUUGAUCACGACUUCAACAGAACCUUCCUCAUAACAAAGAGAGUCAGAGGACAAACGUUGGAACAAG